UAUUUAAAAAUCACUUUCGUUACGAAUAAAAUAUCACUUUGAUUAAUAUGGUUGUAAAAUUUGAUAUCCUGUUUGAACAUGAUUCAGGAGUUUAUUUUGCUGGACAAGAGCUGAAAGGGAAGGUUGUUAUACAUCUUAACAAACCGAAAAAAGUGAGAGGACUUGAGUUACGAAUAAAAGGUUUUGCUGCAGUAAAAUGGUCGGAAUCUGGAAGUGACAAUAAUUCUACAUAUUACGACGGAAAAGAAGACUACAUAAAAACAACAACUCAUUUAGUUGCUGCAAGUGAUUCAACUGUAUUGGAUCCUGGCACACAUACCUUUAAUUUUACUUGUCAGUUAUCUCCGCUUUGUCCGUCGUCUUUUGAAGGUAAAUAUGGCCACAUAAGAUAUACAGCAAGGGUAGUCCUAGUACGACCGUGGAAAUUUGAUCAAAAGUACACAAAAGGUUUUACUGUUUUGGCAUUAGUGGAUCUUAAUCGUAUUCCAACUAUUAGACUUCCAUUUCAUAUGAACAUAUCGCGAACCUUCAGGUGUUGGCCAUUAUCAACUGGAGACUUGAGGGUAACAUUAGACAUGCCUCAGAGUGGUUAUGUCCCAGGAGAAUGUUUGCCUUUAAAACUUUUGAUUGACAAUAAAAGUAAUGUAGCCGUGGUGUCUAUCAAUACAAAGUUACGCAUGAUCAUUAAAUUUAGCAGUCAACAUCCAAGUAAAAAGACAAAUAAAGAUAAAAUAUCAAUAGCAAAACUUUAUGGUGAAGGCGUGAGGAGUAAAACAAAAAAGGAGUUUAAUUAUCGGAUAAAUAUACCGGCAACACCGCCAACAUCAUUUGAUCGUUGUGGUAUUAUUAAUAUUAUGUAUGAGCUGAAUGUUGAAAUAGCAUUGAGUGGUUGGAAUCUUAAGGAAACAUUGUCUGCACCCGUGGUUAUAGGUACUGUACCAUUUAGUAGCAGCAGACAACAACAGCCAACAACGAGCAGAGCUGUUGAACAACGAAAAAUGGAAACAUAUUUUGGUGAUGAAAGACAACCUGAACCGUUAAAAAUCGUAAGGAGUGAUGAAACACCACAGGAUGAUAGUCAAACACCAUGGGGAGAAUCGCCACCACCUACUUAUGAGACAGCAAUGCACAUGAUGGCAGGAAAAAUUAACCAAGAAGAACAAAACGAUUAUGGACCUUUGGAAUUUUCGCCAAGAUAUCCUGUGUUUAACAUACCGCGAAAUACCUAAUUAUUUCGCGGUAUGAUAUACUAAUUUGUUAUUCAUAUAAAAGUUGUUUAAAUUUUUUUUUGAUAUUAAUCUUUUUUAAUUAAUUUAUU